CAGCAAGCUGACCAAACCAUUCGUCCCCUUCCUCACCGUCCCAAAUCCAAGCCACGCCUCCCAGCAAAACCACCUACGCACGGUGAACCGCAUCCUCCAAAAUGAAGGCAUUCUCCGUAUGCAACUCAGUUUUGCAGAUGACGAGAGCAAAUACAUUCAAAAGCUCUUAUUAAACCUGCACAGACACCAUGGCCAUGGUCUCCCAAUCACCCACAGUGCAAACCGUGGGUGGAUGUGGGAUAUUCGACCAUCUCCAGAUUCCUUCCAGAGUAACAAUCACCAGGCGCGAUCAGAAACAAUGGAGAGGUUUCCCUGGCAUACAGAUUGCAGUUACGAGCUUGAGCCACCGCGGUUUUUUGCCCUGCAGGUUCUUCAGCCAGAUAGGUGUGGCGGUGGGACAUUAUCUGUGCUCAACGUUGACCAACUCUUGACUCUGCUAUCUCCCUUUGCCAGGAAAUGGCUCUUCACACCUAAUUAUCGAAUUAUCGUCCCACCAGAGUUCAUCAAGAGUCCAGAGACUAAGGCUAUUAGGGGUAAUCUUCUCGCCACAAAUCCUAAUGGCAAGUCAACUCAACUCCGAUUCAGAGAGGAUAUUGUCACCCCGUUAUGUCAAGAGGCAGCAGAGGCAUUAGCGGAGCUGAAGAGUGUUCUUUUGGGCCCUGAUGCUAAACGGCAGAUUCUCAAUCUUACUCCGGCACUGUUACCUCGAGGAUCGAUUAUUCUCAUGGAUAAUGGACGGUGGCUACAUGCGCGCAAUGAAGUCAAGGAUCCAAAUCGACAUUUGCGACGGGUACGCUGGGAUGCACGACAGUUUGUUAUCCCUACAGCCCAGUUGGGUCUAUGAGUCCUUUUGUUUAUCUUCCCUCUUGGUUAAGUUUUAAUGUGUCAAUCUAUUACAUUCUUUGGAC